CUGCCGCUGGUCCGGGUAGCGGGUUGUAAGGGCUGGGGUGGCGUCAUGUACGGAAGCCUGUGUUUGACGACUUACAGCAAACGUUUUGUGCGCCUUUCUCCCAUCCAGCAAGCAUUUGUUUAACAGCUAUUGCAAGGUCCUGUAAUUAGUUUAGGAUGAGUUGACACGGCCUCCCUCUGUUCGCAUGUAUUUCACAAGACCCACUUAUAAAUAAAUGACUACUAUACUGGAUAAGGAAGGGCCAAAACUGGGGUGAAUUGAGUUGGGCGCAGAAUGCAAAGAGGUGCCCCCGAAGUCUGUAAUCCAGAUACAUAUAUUUUAAUGCAGUGUAUUUAAACGUCAAAAAUAAUGCAAAAGAAAUUCAUGAUUGACAAAAUCCCAUUAUUUUAAAUAAAGACAGAAUCGGUAACCAUGCCAUGCUGAGCUGUAUUGGAGCGUGAGGCCAAAGGAAAUACUAGUAAUACACACCCUAUGACUUCAGGUAGCCAGAUGGGGAACGAUAUUCUUGGUACUGAGCAGGAUAAUGCAAAGAUGAGAAGAUGAAAAGAGCCUCUGGUUAAGGUGAAACUGGAGAGUUUUAAGUUCUUCCAGGCAUGAAGCAGUAAUUAUCCUUACUCAAAACAUUGCCAAUUAAGAUGGGACCACAAGCCAAGGCCUAAAAGAAAUUCCCAGACCCUGAUUGUCAGUAAAGAAAAACUGGAUCCGUAUCAUUGACCCUACACACUUUAGUUAACUGAAGCCUUGUGCUCCCUGAUUUAUUAAUUAUGAGAUCGAGGAGGGUAUCAUUUUUAUAGCUUAAGACGUUUUACCUUGACCCCACAAAAAUAUUCUUUGUUGGAAGACGGUGAUGGUUAUCUAUCUCAAUAUCAAAGUCCACAGUAGUCUCUAUUAGUCUGUCAGUAAUGGACUUUAAUGGAUUCUCUUUUAGAGCCCCCGUCUCUAUCCAUAGGUUAAAGUCCAUGAAACCAUUGCACUUGUGCCUUGUAACAUACGGAGAAAGCAAAAGAGAAUGAAAAUGCACUCAGCUAGUCGGUGGUGCCUGAGCAUCUAGGCAGUUCUUCAGUCAUCAUGGGUAUCCGAGGACUAAUGAGUUUUGUAGAAGAUCAUAGCAAUGAGUUCUUCACUGAUUUGAAGGUGCGGGACACAAAAAUUGUCAUUGACGGCUAUGCUCUCUUCCACCGGCUUUGCUUCAACUCAAACUUGGAACUUCGAUAUGGAGGGGACUAUGACUCUUUUGCAGAUGUUGUACAAAAAUUCUUUGAAUCACUGUUUGCUUGUAAUAUCUGUCCAUAUGUUGUGUUAGAUGGAGGAUGUGACAUUUCAGAUAAAAAGCUUAAAACUUUAAAGGAUCGAGCCAGAGAGAAGAUCCAGAUGGCUCAUUCCCUUUCUGUUGGUGGGGGUGGGUAUGUGUGUCCCUUACUCAUCCGGGAAGUGUUCAUACAGGUUUUAAUUAAGCUACAGGUGUGUUUUGUCCAAUGCUUUUCAGAAGCAGAUCGGGACAUUAUGACACUGGCUAAUCAUUGGAAUUGCCCUGUGUUAUCGUCAGAUAGUGACUUUUGCAUUUUUGACCUAAAAACUGGGUUUUGCCCACUGAAUAGCUUUCAGUGGAGAAAUGUGAGCACUAUCAAAGGCACAGGAGACUGCUAUAUCCCUGCCAAAUGCUUUUCCAUUGACGCACUCUGCCGUCACUUCAGCAAUAUGAAUAAAGCUCUCUUACCUCUCUUUGCGGUGCUGUGUGGAAAUGAUCAUAUCAAUCUACCCAUCAUGGACACAUUCUUAAGUAAAGUCCAUCUGCCUCUUGGAGCUACCAGUUCAAAGGGGAGGAGACACCACCGAGUUUUGGGACUUCUGAAUUGGUUAUCUCAUUUUGCCAACCCUACCGAAGCACUAGAUAACGUUCUGAAAUAUCUCCCAAAAAAGGAUCGAGAAAAUGUGAAGGAAAUUCUCUGCUGUUCCAUGGAAGAAUACCAGCAAUCCCAGGUGAAGUUGCAGGACUUCUUCCAGUAUGGUACUUAUGCCUGUCCUGCCGCCUUGAAUCUGGACUUACCAGAAUGGGUAUUAGUGGCAUUGGCCAAAGGCCAGCUAUCUCCUUUCAUCAGCGACGCUUUGGUGCUAAGACGGACCAUUCUUCACACACAGGUGGAAAAUAUGCAGCAACCAAAUGCCCACAGAAUAUCCCUGCCCAUCCGUCAAAUCAUCUAUGGGCUUCUUUUGAAUGCUUCCCCACAUCUGGAAAAUGUGUCCUGGAAUGCGUUGCCUUCUCAGCCUCCAGCUUUCAGCGAAGUGGAAAGGAUUAAUAAAAAUAUCAAGACAUCAAUUGUUAAUGCAGUAGAACUGCCCAAGGAUUAUUCUGACUUAAGCAAAUUGACUGAGCUCUCCUUGGCCAAAAGGCAGAUACUUCUGUUAGAAACCCUGAAGGUGAAACAGACCAUCCUGGAGCCAAUCCCUUCUUCAUUGAAGUUGCUCGUUUCAGUCAGUUGCUACUGGUUGCAGCACACAGAGGCCAAGGCAAAGCUACACCACCUGCAGGCCUUACUGCUAGGGAUGCUGAUGGGGCCCUUGCAUGUCAUAAUCAACAGCCCUGGAAUUGUGGACCCUGCACCCAGGCAGGCUCAGUGCCUUGCUGCUCGCUAAUGGGUAAAAGAUAAGGAAGAUCUGCGGGAGGAUGGUGCUAGGAUGUUGUAUGAAGAGUUCCAGAGAGUGAAGGAGCAGACACGGCCGGGCACGAGACUGGACUUAGACACAGCUCACAUCUUCUGUCAGUGGCAGUG